UAUUUGUGAUCAAUGAUAAUGUGAUAGUAUUUUCAUUAUUAAAUUCUAGAAAAGGAAUGUUUGGAAAAAUAGAGUUUUUAGAAAAACUGUCUUUAUUAUUUUAUAACAGUUUAAAUUUUUAAAUCAUUUAUUUAAGAAUAAAAAAGUAUAAAAAUUAAAGCAUGUGAACAGUUUUAACUUAAUUAUGUGAAUAAUUUUUCUAGGAUUUUCUGUAUUUAAAAACACAUAAUACACACGUACAUAUAUUUUAUAAGUAUAUGAAUAAUAUUCAAUGGCUAAUACUGGUGUUUUACCGUUUGUACGAGGUAUAGAUUUUAGUAAUAAUGAUUUUGAAGUAAGUAUUUUGCUGAUUAAUAAUAUAAUUUAAAAUAAUUUAAUGAAUUGAUUAAUGAUUCAUAUACCUACUAGCCUAUUACGAGGUCUAUUAUAGUGAUAAGAAAAUGGUAACCUACUAAUUUUGUAUGGGUAGUACAGACCAAAUGUUUCAAUUGGCUUAGCUAUAUAUUAUCUCAAUAAUUACACGAAAAUUAAAUUUAUUCUUCAACUCACAUAAAAAUAAUUUAAACGAAUUCUGACGUACAUAUUAAAAAUAUAUUUUUAUGAUAUGUAAAUUUUCUUAGGCCCUUGAGUCAGCUCAGACUGAUUAAGAUGCUAGGACAUUACAGAAUUCCAAAAUUUACCGUAUAAUUUAUUUGUCUCAAUUGGUGUAAAUUUACCUUCAACCCAACAAUCUACUUAAAUUAAUAUGAAUUUAAAUUAAGAAAGUUAUAUGAUAAUAUAGUAGAUAUAUCUGCACAGACAUAAAUUAAAUCACCCUAUAUUUUAUAUUUCCAACUUGCAAUAGUUUCCCAUCCAUGGUACAAAGUAUGUUAAUUGUUUUAUUAUAAUUUAUGCCAAUUGUUGAAAUUUCCCUGGAAGUAGCACCCCAUGCCUUUUUUACCAGUCACACUUGCUCUUAAGGUAGAAAAUAGAAUACCUCAUAAGUAUAUUAACAGUAAGCAAUAACAAUUUCUUGUAGAAUACAUAUAUAUUUUACUAAUAAUAGCACAGUGUCUAUUAUUCUUAGGUCUUCAUAAUGCAUGGAGAGCCAUUAUUUUUAUAAAAAUUUACAUAACCAAAAAGUUUUUUUUAAUUAUUACCAAAAUUAAUACAAGAUUGAGUGCUUUUAUUGACUUGAGUUAACUAGUUUUUUUUCUUUCGAUUAAUUGUUAAUUAUUCUAAUUUUAUCUUGAUUAAACAGUUAUACUUUUACUUUAACUAAAUUUAUUUUCUCCGUAUUAAUAUUACUAAAUACAAUAUAGUAUAUGGACUUUCUAAUAAGAUUGUCAUGUGUGCCUUGUUUCUUUAAUUGAUGUUAGAUUGAACAUUAGUUUAUAAAGACAAUUUUCAAUUUACCAAUGUGUUUAUUUAUUCCAUUAUUUGAAUGAAAAAUACUUCUAGAUUACCAUUUUAAUUUGUUUGGUCAUUAUGAUAAACAAUUACUUUUGUAUCUUGUUAAUUUAAAAAUAAUAACUAAUUUUAGACAUCAAAAUUUCCUUCUGCUGUUAUGUCAAUGUCUAGUGUACAAUGGCUGAACUUAAAUAGAGUAAAAUUACAUGAGAUCCCAGAAGAAAUUGGAAAACUUGCAAAAUUAGUAUGUACCUAUUAUAUUUUUAUAUUAUAAAGAAAUUAGUUAAAUUAUUAUUUAUUUAUUUUAUUUUAAUAAAAUAGUAUCUCUAAUUUAUAAUAAUGUUUAAAAUUGGUUCAUUUUUGAAAUUAUAGUCUUUUAAGCUUUAAUUAUUUAUUUUCAAAAUGUAUAUUUAUAAAAAAAUGCAUUGUUUUUUGAAAAGUUUUGGAAACAUAUUUAUUUAAAAGAUACAUCACUGAUAAACAUCAUAAGCUAAUAAUAAAAUAGCUGUAAUGCUUAUACUAAAUAAUACUUUUUAUAAAAAUAACAGAUACAUUCUGAGUAUUUUAAUGUUGUUUAACUUUUAGACAGGCGUUUCAUCAUCUAGCCUCGACAGGCAUUGAGGGCUUUUACACCACUCAUGUUUCUAUCCAAAUUUAGUGCAUAAAUAAAUGAUCGCUUGAACAUAUUCAAUUUAUAUCUACCACAUUAUCAUACAUCCAAAUUAGUUGUUAGACAAUAUCUGGAAGUGCUGAUAAGUUACAUGGAUUUAUUAAUGACUGGAAGUAAUUUUAUCUUAAGUGCGCGCCUGCCUGAAAGUUAAAUGAAAAUUAAACCAUUUUUAUUUCUUUAAAAAAUUAGUUACCUAUCAAAAAAAUAGGCCCUAUUCAAAUUUAUAUUUUAGUACCCUCUUUACUUUAUAUUAUUACAAGAGAUAUAAAUGUUUAUAAGAUAUGAAUUGUCCUCGUUUAUCUCUUUGGUCUAAAACUCCAUUUCACCUGGUCACUCACAUCAUCUAUACAUAACCAAGCACUCACUCUCAACUGAGUCAAUCCAUUUCCUUUUUAGUUUUCUUUCUUAUGCUCCUCUUAUUCUGUCUAUUCAUACCCAUUAAUUUAUAUUAAAAUGUUUAUGAUAAAUAUUUUUUAUAUCAUAAUUAAUCAAUAAAAUAAAAAUACAUUUUAUUUAAUUUUCAUUUUUAAUAAUAUAGAAUGUUUGUUUUUUAGUUCAAUAAUAAAAAUAUGUAUUGAAUUGUGAAAUUUAAUUUAGGAACAUUUAUCGAUUGCACAUAAUAAUAUUGAAAGAUUGUAUGGAGAACUUACAGAACUAUGUUCAUUGAGGUCAUUAAUUGCUCGUCAUAAUUUUAUUAAGAGUUCUGGCAUACCUCAAGAACUUUUUUGCAACACUGAAAAUUCAACUGAGUUGACAACAUUGGAUUUAAGUCAUAACCGGUUAACAAGAAUACCAGAUGGUCUUGAAUCAUCAUCUAGUCUACUAGUGCUGAAUCUAUCUCAUAAUAGGUAGUUACAAUUUACUGUUCAUAAUCAGAAUAUAAAAAAAAAAUAUUUGUGUGUUUUAUUGUUUUGAUGGGGCACUAAAUUGGAAGAGCAUUGUGAAAUCAGUUUUAGUUUCAAAGAAAUAUGAUCAUAAUGAUGCUUGGGAUGUUCAAUAUUAAGUAUGUAACCAGAGGCUAGAAAUCAGUUAUGUACCCAUCUGUUUGAUGUAUUUUUUCGGUAUAUACAAAAGAAAUGGUUCUAUUGUUUCUAUCAAAGAUCUAAAAAGCAUGAAAUACAAUGUCACCAAGCAGAAUUGAGAAUUGAAAUUAAAUACUUUCAUCCCGAUAAAUCCAAGAAUCAAUCAUAGCUUUAGUUAUAAUUGCAUCAGUAUGUGAGCAAAAGUUUAAUGAUGGGGUUGCAAAAAAGCUAAGGUCAUUUACAAUCAAAGUUAUUGAAACUUUAGUGUGAAAUUGAUUAUUUCCUAAAUACAUUGUCUCUUUAUACUUUUUCCUAAAAUUAACCUUACCAUUCCAAAUCAAUAAACCUUACUAUUGCUUAUGAUUUAUGAAAAUUACUUGGCUUUUUGUUCUUUGCUAUUGUCUACUAAAAAUGUACAGAUACAAAAAAAUUGUAUUUCACCAUUAUUGUUGUAAUGUUUAUUUCCAUAAUAAAUUUAUAAUUGAGAAAAUUAACCAUUUUAACUUUUUUUUUUUAGAUUUCUAAAUAAUUAAAAUGUUUGAUAGUUAGCCUUCUUGAGUUUUACUUAGUAAAAACAAUUAGUUAUUAGUACUAUAUAAUAAAAUAUGACAGUUACUAUAAAUAAAACCUAAUACCUGAUCAUAGUUAUGAAUUAGUUUAUAAUUUAUGUCGUGUAUGUCUAUUGUAAAUGGUAAAAAUUACUAUACAAGAAACUCAUAAAUGUAUGCUCAAACUGAAAAAACUUUAUGUAGUAUGGAAAACAAACUUUUAAAGAUAUAAAUAUAACUAAUAAAAUAUUAUGAAAUAAGAUUUAUUGUUAUAGUGCAUCAAAAUGUGUUGAUAAAUUAAUUUAGAUCAAGAUAAAGAAUUUUUGGUAAAACAGACGAGUGUGUGGUAUUUUAGUAAUAUGAUGAUGAUACUAUUAGUAAAAACACAAAUAUUAAAAUGACCCAAAACAUUUUAACUGAUAAUGAAAACCAAAUAAUAAAAAUAUGCCAAGUCUCGGAUUUUUAAAAAAAAGAUGAUAAAGAAAUAUUAAUAUUGUUAAUCAACACAAAAUCAAAAAGUAUAAUCAAUGCUAUCAAAUAGAUAAUUGUUUAUAUCUUUGUCCAUCUAAGUGUAUAAAUUCCAAUGAUAUACAUGAGAAAAGCAAGUCAUUGCACAAUUAAAAGUUAUCAAACAUUUUGAUGAAAGAGAAAUAAAAUUAAUUGUAGAUUUUGAUGCAAAUAUUACAAGAAAUAUAUUAUAACAAAUGUAAUUCUAAUUACAAUUUAGUCAUUUUAAAAUUUAUCAAUUAUCAUUUAUUAAAUUCAAUUUUAUCAAUUCAAUAUCAGUUCAAUUAAAUAACUUUAUUAUCUAUGUUUUUUCAGACUAUUGAGGAAUACAGGUCUAAAUGUCCUAAGUAGAUAAAAGAUGUUUUGAAAAGUCCAUUCAAUAUUUAAUACUUUAUAAAUAUUAAUUAUCAAAACUAUUUAAAAAUAAUACAUGAGAAAAAUAUGAGAAUAUUUAUUGUUUAAAAAAAGUAAUAUUUCAAUAUUUACUUAACCAUUUUUUUAACAAAUACUUUUAUGUACCUGUUUUUGGAAAUAAACGUUACAAUAAAUAUAAUUAUAAAAAUAACACUACUUUUUGGUGUCUGUAUUUUUUUAGUGAAUAAUCGUAAAGAAAUGAAAAUCAAGUAAUUUUCAUAAAUCAUGAGAAAUAGUAUAGUUUUCUUGAUUUAAAAUGGAAUGUUUAAUGUUUAAGGAAAAAGUUUAGUGAAAUAAUUAAUUCUACAAUAAAGUUUCAAUACAAUUUUUCAUAACAUUAGGUUUUAUGAAGUAUACAACAAUUUUCACUUUUCCCCUGGCCCCUAAAUCCCUUCCCUAUUUUAAGACCUAAAUUAUCAUAAUUUUAUUAUUUUCAAAACCUAAUCUUGAAGCCUAAAUACAAACAUUUAAAUAUAUAUAUAUAUAUAUAUAUAUAUAGUGAAAUUAAAACAAACAUAUAGUGAAACUAAGAAAAUAAUAAAGUCACAAGAUUGCUGACGAAAUAAAAUUCUGAGGGAAAGGCAGCUAAACAUAUUUGAAAAUGUUUAUAAUAAAAUUAUGCUGAACUUUUUUUUUACCACUAAGUACAACUUAUGAUAAAAUUUGUCUAAAAUUGUGAAAUAUUUCCUAUCAAACAAAAAAAUUGUAUCCACAAAAAAUCAAAUAAAAACUAAAACAAUUAAAAGAUUAAUGUCUUUAAUUAGCUCAAAAAUUGUCAGAAUGAAACCAAAAUUAAAAAUAAUGAAACUAUUAUUCCGUAAACUUUCCCCAUUUUUUUUUAAUUGUUAAAAUAUUGCAAGCAAAAUUAAAAAAAAUUGUAGUUAAUCACCAAAAAUUUAGAUGUAGUUGACAUGAUACCAGUCACUUCGACCUGGUAUUGUAUAAUAUAUUUUGUGAAAUUGUUACCAUGAUUAUUUUAGUUAAAAUAAUGGAAUUAAAGUUUAUUUUUUAUAAAGAUCAUGAAAUAUUAGAUAGAACUAAUAACUAUAUUUUAUACAAAUUGGAUUAUAAUUUAUCAGGGUGGGAAAUUAUUUUUGCCAGGGUGCUAAAAAUUUAAAAAUGCGACACUGACACAUAAAAAUAUCUUUUUAUUAUAUUCAAAAAUAAGUUCUUAUAAAUAAUAAUUAAAAAUUAAUUAAUUGAUAUUUGAAUAUGUUUUUAUUUUUUUAGGAUCAGUUCCAUACCUAAUCAAUUAUUUGUUCAUUUAACAGAUUUAUUGUCAUUGGAUUUAAGCAAUAAUGAUUUACAAACACUUCCACCCCAAAUGAGAAGAUUGACAAAUUUGCAAACAUUAAUGUUGAAUCAUAAUCCUUUAGAUCAUUUUCAAUUAAGGUAUUUAUUAUUUUAUGUAUGCUUACUAUAGUAUAAAAUACCACAUUCAAAAAAUUUGUAUUAUACUUAAAAUCUAAUAUAGGAAUCACAAAUCCUAUAUAUUUUUACUAAUUUGGUGUAUUUACUCAAGCCAUUAAAAAAAAUUGAUUUUAUUAUUUUAAUUAUUUAAACAAAUUUAAAUAGUUUUACAACAUUAUUUUAAUUUAAUUAUUCACUAGGUAAUAGGUAUAUUGUAAUACUCUACAAUAUGAAUUAUUAUUGGAUUAUUAUUUGUAUCAUUCAGAAUGUACAUUACUGUUCAUACUGAUUUCAUAGACUAAAUCAUAUUUGUAUUUAAUUUUCAGGCAAUUACCGUCAAUGAAAAAUUUAACAACAUUACACAUGCGCAAUACUCAUCGGAAUUUAACUAAUAUGCCUCCAAGCCUUGAAUCAUUGACAUCUCUGACUGAUUUGGAUUUAAGUUGUAAUCAACUACCAAAAGUACCAGAUGCACUUUAUACAUUGACUAAUUUAAAAAGGUUAAAUUUGUCAUCAAAUCUUAUCAUAGAACUUCCUCUGGCAUUAGGUACUUCUAUUUGUAUUAUUUAAUGAGUAUCAUACGUAGAAUAUUAGUUUUAGUACUUAUAUCAGUUUGUAUCACCUAAUUUCAAAUUUUUAUUUUAAAAACGAAAAUUAUCUUAAUGAUAAUACUCAACAAUAUAAAAUUAAGAUAAAUAUAAUAUAUAUUUAUAAAAUAUAUCAUAUUACUUCAAGGAGUGUAUUAGAGAUGAGAAUAUUUUGGUGGGUGAGUGGUGUGACAAGAGAAGAUAGGAUAAAGGAUGAAUACUUAAUAGAUAGCUUGGGUGUGUGGCUUUGAUAGUAGAAAAAAUGAGAAAAAAUAGAUUGAAAGGGCAUGUUUAAGUUAAAGCAAUAAGAAUUGCAUUGGAAAUAAAUGUGGACAGAAAGAGGGGGAGAGCCGAAGAGCAGACCGAUAAAGAGGUGUUUGGGUGCAAUUAAAAAUGACAAAGGUGGUUGAUCCCAAAGGAAAAGAAGAGAUAGGAAAUAUAUAAUUUACUAGCUGUCCUGCCCGGCAUAUUCCUUGCCACUAUUGAAUAAAAAAAAAUAGGUCGAAAAUAGGUUGUCCAGUAUUGACAGACUAAACGUGUAACUUAAAUAAUCCAUAAAUCAACAAAAAGAAUUUGAUUUUCAUACCAAAAAUACUUAAAAACCAAAUUUUGGGGGUUGUUUUCAAUAUGGAAUGGACUUCAAUAGCUAUAAACCUCCUCAAGAUAAUAUAGACCAUUUUAUGAUAAACAAUGUAAAAAUUGGUUCAUCCAACUAUUCUUUUCCUUGAAUUUGUAUAAAUUAUAGCAAAAUAUUUUCAGUACAAACAUGAAUUUAUUGAAAUGAAAUAAAUCACAAUUCCUUGUUUUGAAAAAAUUUGUUAAUGUUUUAUAUAAGUUCAUAGUAACUUUGAUUUAUUAAUUGUCAUUUUGAAUGCAAGGCAAACCAGAAACAGGACACUCUCAAAUGAAAUGGCGAGUUGGUUAGAAUUGGUGGUAUUUUUGGAAUCAGAACAUCCUCGUCUUUGAACUUUUUACUAGAAGUUGUAAAAUAUCAUAUGUUUGAUAUUUGGGUUCUAACAGGACUAUUUGACAUUUUAACUAUAACACUAGGUAAAUCAAUUUGUUGUUAUGAAAACAUGUGAAAGCAGAACUAAACAUCACAUUUUUUUUAAUUGAGAUUUUCAUAGAAAAUUACCAUCUAAAUUUACGACUUCUGGUAGAUUUUCUAAGAAGAAAAACUUUUUUUUCAUAAAAACCUUGUCCAGUCAUUUAUGAAUACAACAAAAAAAAUCAGCCAAAUUGGUUGGUCAUGUUCGAAUGAUCUUACAUGCGGCAAUUGAUUUUAAAUUAUAUAAGUAUAUAAAAAUAUAAUAUAAAUGAGAUGAAAAAUACAAAGAAAUGACUCAGGCAUUAUAAUUGUAUAGGUUUUGUAGAUUAUAAAUAAAUAUAUAUGUAUGUAUCUUGCUAUGUUCGAAAGAUUUUUCUAGAGCUGUUAAAAUUAUAUUUUUAAAAUUAUUUUUCUAAUCAUUUUCUUGGAAAAAGAUAUCGAUUUGAAAUAAAAUAAAAUUUUUAUUUUCAUAUUUAUUGAAUAUUUAUUGUUUUCGUGCUUUUUUCUCUAGAAAUUAAAACAGCUAUUACUAGGAUAUGAAUGUGUGAUACAUUAAUAGUGUUGGAAUAAUAUCUUUUACAAAAUGGCUAUUUCAAAAAAGUUAUUAUUUUUUUUUUUUUGUAUUUAGGGGAUGAAAAUAAAAACAAAAUUAAAACUUCUUGCUAAGUGUUAUCCAAUAGGUACUUAUCAAUACUUUUUAUGAUUAUUGUUACUACUAAUUUUGAUUUAAAUUCGACAUUGGAGAUUUAUCCGUGUGGCUGUAUAGUGUGAAUUUUUGUUUUGUUUUUUGGUACAAUAAUGAAUAGAGUUCUUCAUAAUUACGGUUUAAUUGACCAAGAAAAUGAUUCUUCCAACUUCAAAAAUGAAAUGACAGAAUUUAACGUUCCAAUUCAGAAAGAAAAAAUGUUUCGAGAACACAAAAACUACCUCAAGUUGUUAGACGAAGUAGAGUUUCUGAAACUAUUUCAUUUAAAAAAAAAUAGACAGUAAAGUAGAUCUUGAAAAAAUACUUGAUCAGAUAAAAUACCCCAAAAACAUUGUAAUCUGAUUUUUACAUUUUAUAAAUAUAACAUAACAAAUUAUCUGACUGUAUAGAAUAUAUUAUGACAUAAUAACAGUUAUAAAUGAUAAUUCAAUAUUUACCUACGCAUUCGUAAAACAAUAAAAUUUGGUCAUGGACAGUUUGUUUAGGAAAUAAAUCUCAAUCACUUGUAUUUAAAUUACCAGUUAGUUAUACAAUUGUUAAUUGAAGAUUGUUACAAAAGAUUGCGGUAAUCGGUACCUAACCGACAAUAUUAUGAUUAGGUAAUCAACAGUUUUACGUACACUUAACCGGACAUUGUAAGAACAGGCCCUAUACAUAUAAUAAUUUUGUAAAUUAUAAUUAAUUGAAUAUAAUAAUCUAUGUAUUUCGGUGAAAUUAUCAAAAUAAAAAUAAAAUUUUAUAACCUGAUAAGUAAUCCAUAGUCUAAAUUUCUAUUUUUUAUAUUCCAUCUUAUUAUCAUGACAUUCGAUGGCUUUUGGAUCUAAGAAAAAUAGUAAUAGUUUACCAUUUCACCAUUUGUGUAGCCACUUAAAACAAUGAACUCUAGUUUAAUUUCCAAUUAUCUUAUUUAAUUUUAUAAUUAAUGUAUGUAAUCUACAUUAAAAUUAGUCAAAAGAUGUGAAAAUCAAACAAACAUGGAAAAAAAAAUAAAAAAUAAUUUGCGUAAGUGACGUGAUAUUUUGUGCAUUGAAGGCGAAAUAGAGCUUAAAACUCAAUGUUACUAAUUGUUUUUUAUUUAUCACUUAAAAAUACAAGUACAAAUUGUAAGAUUUGAAUGAUUUACAAUAAUAAAUAAAAAAACAAUUUGGAUAAUAUUUUUAAGUCUUACCUUAUUUAAAAUUAUCCGGCUAAUGAUAGUUUAUUUAAUUUUAAUAUGUCAAAAAUUAGCCUAUGUUACAUUAUCGAUAUGUUAACAUUACCCAUAAAGUAUAUGUUUUUGUCAAUUAAUCAAUUUUAACAUGAUACAUUAUUAUUAAAAUUUAUUCGGACAAAAAAUAAUAAUCUAAAUGUCACUAAAUAGGAUUUUUGAAAUUUUAAAUUCAAACUCAUAGUAAAACUUACAACUCAUAAUAAGUCCUAUUAGUCAUAAUUAUUAUUUUAUGUUUAUUUUUUAGAGGUUUGGCAGGAACUUGAAGUUCUUCAACUUUCCGAUAAUGAAUUGAUAUCCCUUCCAGCCUCACUUUGUAAAUUAUCAUCCCUUAAACGAUUGUAUGUGAACUAUAAUAAACUAGAUUUUGAUGGUAUCCCAUCAGGAAUUGGUAAAUUAUCUGCUUUGGAAGUUUUUUCUGCGUGUGGUAAUCUUUUAGAAAUGAUUCCAGAAGGUUUAUGCAGGUAAGCUAUUUUAAUUCUGAACCAAGUGAGGAAAUGGUUUAACAAUGAUGUAUAAUUUGUAUUGCUUUUAUUUUGUAUGUCGGUAAUGAAUUCUUCUACCAGAUAUCUUGCUCCAAUCAAAAAACGACAAAAAAGCUUUUAUGUAGAAUUUUUUAACUAGUUGCAUCAAUCCAAUAAACCAAUAACAUUGGAAAUUUAUUUUUUGAUUAUCUUUGUAGUUUUUUUUAUAUAAUUGGGGGAAAAAGUAAAGCAAAAACAAACAUAUUUAGAUAAAUAAAAGUUUCAUUAUCUUAAAUUUUGUUUUUUAACUAGACAAAUCUUACUCUGAAUUUUCAAGUGUAACUUUCUGAAAGGAAAUAUUAUCUUAUUGAUAUCUAUACUUAAUUUAUACAAAUUCACACAUUUAAUCAUUUUCAUUAUGUCAAAAAAAAUUACUUAAACACCUACUCUAGUGAUUUAGUUAAUUAUUAAAUUUUCGACUUAAUUUUUUCACUUAGAGUUAUAAUUAUGACUAAUAAAAUAAUAUUAACCUCUAACGUGUUAAUUAGUUAACUUUUCUGAAAGAAAAUUUAAUCUAAUUGAGGGAAAACUGGAAAGUUUACGAUAUUAACAAUUUUGUUUUAGUAUGGUUAGAAAUUUUAAUAAAGACCUAAACAUUUUCACAUAACUCUUAUAUUAACCUUUUCUAGAAGUCGUAAAAAUGUUAAAAAUAUUCUGACAAUUUUACGACAUUUAUAGCCAUUUAACAUUUUCUAAUUUCUUUAGUUUUUAUUUGGUUUUAUGUGGAUAAAAUUGUUUGAGUAAACAAAAAUGCUUAAAAAUAUAGUAUAAGGUUUAUUAUAAGUUGUACUUAGUGGCCAAAAAAAUAGUUAAGCAUAAUAUACAAUUAAGGUUGAAUUUUGAUAAAAAUCAUAACAAUAAAAUUUAACUUAACCAAACUUUGUUCAGAAUCGUAUUACCUCACCUAUGAUUUUUCGUUUUGUACUAAUAUAAAUUAAUUAACUCUAUAGAACUAUCCUGCCUUCCUAACUUUCUAACUUCAACAGUAGUACGCCCAUCAGCAAUGUCAACUCUUUAUUGCUUAAAAAUAUAUUUUUACAUAAUAUUUAAGGAAAUUAAUUAAAUUGGUUGUAGAUGUGGCAGCCUUAAAAAGUUAUUACUUGGCUCUAAUAAAUUAAUAACGCUACCCGAUACGAUCCACUUGUUAAAAGAUAUAGAAGUACUUGAUUUAAGUAAUAAUCCAGACUUAAUUAUGCCACCAAAACCCACUAAUAUGGCAACUGAUGGAUUGCAAUUCUAUAAUAUAGACUUCUCUUUACAAAAUCAAUUAAGACUUGCUGGAGCUGUAGUACCUAACUCUAUACAACCAUCUCAAAGUAAGUUUUAUUUGAGUUUCUAAAUAAAUAGUAAUACAUAGUUAAUGAUUUUUGUUAUUCGUUUUAUUUUUGAUAGCAUCUAGUCGUGAUCCAAUAGCACGGAAACUAAGAUUGCGUAGAAGUAAAAGAGACCAUGAAGAAGAAAAACAAGCAAAAAUUCUUAAAGUAGAAAUAUAAUUCAAUACAAAUUACUAAUGAUUGUUAUUUUUAAUCUUGAUAUAACUAUGGUUUAAUUGUUUAUAGGGUAUGCAAGACAUAGCAAAUGAUAAAAACAAUGAAACUUUUGAUGGUUGUGUUAAAGCAGAGUCAUUAAAGUAAUUUAAAUUAUUUAAAUUAGUAAUAUAUAUGUAUAUUAACUAACGUACUAAUUUAUCAGGCCUAAAAGAUGGGAUGAAGGUUUAGAAAAACCUGCAGUUGACUAUGGUGAAUUAUUUGAAGAAGGGACUGGUAGACUUCCAGGUAUAAGUGUUUGGGAAAUAGAAAAUUUUUUACCAAACUUAGUUGAUGAAGUAGCCUAUGGUAAAUUAUAUAGAGGAGAUUGCUACAUUGUUUUACACACAACUAUUAAUGUUACAUCAGAUAGUUUAUGUUGGAAGAUUUAUUUUUGGAUUGGUGACAAUGCUUCUGUAAGUAAAAUGUAUGAUAAACUAAUAGUUAAAGAAUUAAAUGUACUAUUAUCAUAUUUACAUAUAGCUUGACAAAAGAGCUUGUGCUGCUAUACAUGCUGUUAAUUUGAGAAAUUUUUUGGGAGCAGAAUGUAGAACUAUACGUGAAGAAUUAGGUGAAGAAUCAGAAGAAUUUUUAUCAUUAUUUAACUCACCACUGGUAUAUAUCGAUGGAGGUCGUACAGCUAGUGGAUUUUAUACAGUUGAAGAUAUUGUAUGUUGUCUUUAAAGUAAAUUUAAAUACAUAGUUAAAUUUGUUUAUAUGUGAUUUCAGACUUAUGUUGCUCGUAUGUUUAGAGUUCAUGCUCAUGGAACUUCAGUUCAUUUAGAACCUGUCAAAUUAUGUUUCAUGUCCUUAGAUAUUGGAUAUGUAUUUAUUUUGGAUGCUGGUUUAACAAUUUUUUUAUGGCAAGGUUCUAAAGCAAAAAAUACUUUAAAAUCAAAAGCAAGGUAAUAAAAAAUUAAUUUAAUUUAAAAAAUAACAUUAAAACCAAGAGUUAAACUCUAAAUUCAAUGUUUAAAGAUUAUUAGCUGAAAAAAUUAAUAAAAAUGAAAGGAAAAACAAUGCAGAAAUAAUAAUUGAAGAAUUUGGUGAAGAAAGUAGAGAAUUUCGUGAUUUAUUAGAUAUGGAUGAUUCAUUUGAUUCUACUGUUGAUGUUCAAGCAAGUAGUAUCUGUUAAAAAAAUUAAUCAUUUUGUUCAAUAAAGAGUGCAUAUUUCAUAAAAUUAAAAAUAUUCAGUUUCUAGUGUUAUACAUUCAGGGUGAUUCUUUUAGUGUUUACACUCAAUAUUUUGCAAAGUAUUGAAUUUUUUCAAAAACAAAUUUUAUUGACAAUCUAAGAAACAAGCAGCUCUUAAAUAAUACAUAACCAUUAUUUUUUGGGGUGAACAGAUACCUAACUUUUGAUUUUUAAAUAGUAAUCUACAUUAAAAGUUCCAAAUUUUUGAUUUCCAUCAAUCCGUUUAUGUGAUAUUCCACUUUUAAGUUUGGGUAGGGGAGAGCAGUAGUGGAGCAUAAACACACCGCAAUGAUACUCCUCCCCAACCCAAACUUUAAAGAACAACAUUUCUAAAAAAAAAAUUGUCAACACUAAAAUGUAAUUAAACUAACGCUCCAUCUAUAUAUGAAACAUUUGAUAUAGAUUACCAUUUGAAAAUCAGUAGUGGUAGUCGUUUCACCCCCAAAGUGAGGAUUUUUUUUCAGAUGUUACUCUUCUAAUAAAUGUUAAAUAAAAAUUCUUAAUAGUUUUACAAACCAUUGUGGUCUAUGAAUUUUUAAUUUUCACUAGGGAGGUAAUGAAUAGUAGAUUGAAAUAGAUUUCUAGAUUCCCAAUAUGGUUUUAUAGUUUUUCUAUAAAAUAAUGAACCAGACAUAAAGUAUAGGUUUUUAUUGGCUACAAGAGAAAAUAAUAUGACUAACGCUAAUCUAUUUAGAAUUUUUUUAUUUUAUUUUAAUAAUUUAUUGUUGCCAUCAAUUUACAUAAAUGAAAUAAAUCUUGAUCAUAUACUUUUUAUAUACUUUCCUUUUACCAUAAUGGCCUAUUUAAGUAAAAAUUAGAUCCAUGUUUUUAAAAAUAAUUUUUACAUUGCUUAUAUUAGACUUUUAUGUAUAAAUACAUAAAACAUUUUUAGUUACAAACUUUUAUUUUAAUGUUAAAUUAUUUUGUACCAGGCUCAUGUGAAUGAAAACUUUGAACCUCCUUACCCUCGUUUAUAUCAAGUAAAAUUGGGUAUGGGAUACUUAGAACUGCCUCAAGUUGAAAUAGCACAUAAUAUAUUAGAACAUUCUCUUUUAAAUUCUAAAAAUGUGUAUAUUCUUGAUUCAUCUACUGACCUAUAUGUUUGGUAAGACAUUUCAUUUAUUAAAAUUAUUCAUUUUUAAUAUUGCUAUGGCUAAUUGAAUAAUUAAAUUAUAAUUUGAUUUUUGUACUUAAAUAAAGGUUUGGAAAAAAAUCAACACGGUUGGUUAGAGCAGCAGCCGUCAAAUUAUCCCAAGAAUUGUUUUCUAUGAUUGAACGGCCAGGGUUUGCACUAACAAUGCGUAUUCAAGAAGGAACAGAACCUCAAAUUUUCAAAAUAAGAUUUGUUGGCUGGGAAGAAGUAAUUGCUGUUGAUUUUACUCGAACUGCUGAGUCUGUUCAAAAAACUGGUGCUGAUCUAACCAAAUGGGCUAUGAAGCAAGAAACAAAAGUAAUCAUUGAAAAAUAACUACUAAUUUGACUUUUAAUAAUUUUAACUUUCAUUCAUUUUUGUAUGAUUUUAGCAUGAUUUAGCAGCAUUAUUUACUCCACGCCAACCACCAAUGUUAUUUAAUGAAGCUUUACAAUUGAUGCAAGACUGGAAUGAUGAUUUAGAUCAAAUGGAAUCUUUUGUUUUGGAAGGAAAGAAAUUUGUAAGAUUGCCAGAAGAUGAACUAGGGCAAUUUUAUAGUAAAGAUUGUUAUGUAUUCUUAUGCCGUUAUUGGGUACCUGUUGAUGAUGAAGAACUAAAUGAAGAUACAUCAGAUGGUCAGCAAGAUGAAGAUUUUCAAUGUGUGGUAUAUUUCUGGCAAGGCCGAGAAGCCUCAAAUAUGGGUUGGCUAACGUUUACAUUUAGGUACUUUAAAUAAUAUAACGUUUUAUAUUUUAGUAUUAAUUUAUUACAAUUUUAUUAUUUAGCUUAGAGAAGCAAUUUAAAGCUAUGCUUGGAGAAAAAUUAGAAGUAAUUCGUACACAUCAACAACAAGAAAAUAUUAAAUUUUUAUCACAUUUUAAAAGAAAAUUUGUAAUACAUUCUGGGAAAAGAAAAGAAAAACUACCAGCAGUACAACUUUAUCAUUUAAGGUCAAAUGGUAGUGCACUCUAUUCUCGUCUCAUUGAAAUUAAACCAGAUGCGAGAAAUUUAAAUUCAGCAUUUUGGUAAAUUAUAUUGUAUUAUAUAUAAUUGAAUUAUUUAAGUUUAUUCUAAGUAAUGUUUUUAACUGUAAAUAUACAGCUAUAUUUUAAAAGUCAAAUUUGAUCAAGAAGAUACUAAUGGAAUUGUAUAUUUGUGGGUUGGAUCAAAAUCUGACCCAGAAGAUAUAAAACUUGCUGAGGAAAUUGCAGAUGGCAUGUUUAAUGAUGUUAGUUUUAAAAAACUGAUAUAAAUGUAAUAUUUAAUAUUGUGUAAUUUGAUUAGGCAUGGACUAGUUUGCAAGUGAUUAAUGAAGGCGAAGAACCCAAUAACUUUUUUUGGGUAGCAUUAGGUGGUGAGAAUUCAUAUGAACAUGAUGCACAAUAUAUGAAAUUCACAAGACUAUUCCGAUGUUCAAAUGAAAAAGGAUAUUUUACAAUAUCAGAAAAAUGUUCAGAUUUUUGUCAGGUAAUGUAAAAAAUAUUAUUUGAUUGAUGUAACUUGUAAGUUAUAAACAAGAUGAUCUAGAAAAUUAAUUUUCAAGAUAUAUUAUCUCCUUAAAAUUUAAUUCCCUUUUUUCCAUUUUAUUUUAAAAUUAAUUUAAACAUUCUAACCACGAUUAUAGAGAGUAAUAUCAUGCUUCAAAAUAUGUCCUACUUAUCAUAAAACCUGACUUAUUUUUUUUUUCUAUUGUGGUGUUUAACUACUUACAUAUAAAAUAUACCAUUGUAUGACCAAUAGUUAUAAAAACACCAAAAAGAUGUGUGAAGUUCUGUAUCUAAUAUUGACAAAAAAAAAAUGUGCAUUCUAUUGUACACAAUUGUAGAACAGAGUUGUAGAGAAGUUUAUUUUUUUUAUAAUUGAUCUAAAAUAGUUGUGCUUGCUAGAAAUUUUCAAUGGUGUUAAUAAUCUUAUAUUACUUCUUGGUUCCUCUACCUAUUUCCUCAUCCAAGUAUAAAAAAUAUCUCAUAACUUUGUGAUAAUGAUAAGGAUUCAAACAAAAUUUCUCAAGAUAUUUGCCAACAUUCAAAUAAACAAGGGUGCGAGUGUUGGAAAUUGGAAUCUUCUAAAAAUACAUUCUCGGCAACAAUAAUAUUUAACUCUAUCACUUACAUUGAUGAAUCUGUAAACUUACUUAAAAUCCGGUAUGUUGUAUGAAAUCUUAGCAUAAAAAUAUAAAGAGGCCGUUAAACAUGACCAAAUGUACUAGACCCAAUGUAUCAACCCAAUUGCCAUCGAACUGUUAGACAACUCCAAAGACAUUAGACGCCUUAAACGUCUGAAACCAUACGACUUAGUUUAAGUGUUUAAAUUAAGUACAGGAGCCACUUCAUUGGAAGUGUGACUUCAUCAAUGUGUAAUGUAUAUAUAUUAUCAUCUAGUAUGCAAGAUAUAUCCUGUUAAACAUAUUUAUAAAGACCAUCAGGUCGUUUAAAUAAUAAAGCCCCAGGGCAUUUAAAAAAAAAAAAAAAAAAAUGUAUGUACAGUAUUCUAGUUCCACAAUGAUAAAUGCAACAACUUGUUUUGUUCAAUAUUUUACAUUUUUAUAUAUUUAUUUAUGCAUGAUUCCUUUAUCUUUAUAUUUUAUAUUAAAAAAAAAAAUUUUCAAGAUAGCCAUUUUAUAAAUAUAUUUUGUAACAAAAUUAUGGUGUUAAAAAUUAUGACUAACAAAUUUAACAGUUUCUGCAAUUUUUUGAAGUUUUCAAAAAUCAUUAACAAAUUUUUUUUCUUAAAAAAAUUGUUGAAUCAAUGAAUAUUAUAUUCAAAGUUUAAGACGAUUUAAAUUGUUUUAAUUAGGUACCACCAUUAAAUAAUAUCAAUCAAUUUAAAAACUUUUUAUGAAAAAUAAUUUUGGUAAUGAUUAUUCCAAAAUUUGAACAAUUUUUAUUAACUUAACAAUUCAUCAUUAAUAAAUAUUUGCAAUACCAAAAUAUUUUUUCAAAAUAUAUUUAUAAAAUAGUCUUCUUGGCUUUUAAAGAAACAUUUUUUUUAUUUUUAAUUUUAAAAAAAAUAUUAAACUACAAAAGUUAUAUUGCAUUUGUCAAAUCUUUAUACCUGUAUAUAAAUAGAAUGUAGCAGUUUGAAUAUAACAGUCUGAAUUAUAGAAUAUAUUAGUUAAAUUUGACUAUCUAACAAAUGUAUUAACUUUUUUUUUAUUGAAUAUUUUUAAUUUUUUUUUUUUGUGGGUAUAAUUACUACACCUUGGCGCUGCAAUUUAAACAUUUUUUUGGUUAAAUUUUAAUGUUUAGGAAUUUGAAAUAAGAAAUGUAAAAUAUUAUGUCAUAUAGUGAGAGUUUAAAUUUUCAUAUGGUUAAUUUAAUUUUUCCAAGAAAUAAUGUACAAUUUUUGAUAUGCUUAUUAUAUUAAUUUAAGAUAUGAUCAUAUAAAUUAUGAAAUAUUAUACAUUUUAGGAUGAUUUAGCUGAUGAUGAUAUUAUGAUUUUGGAUAAUGGAGAUCAAGUAUUUUUAUGGCUCGGUGCUAGAAGUAGUGAAGUUGAAAUAAAAUUAGCAUAUAAAUCUGCUCAAGUAAGUUAUUUUAUAAUCUAAAAUAAUAAAUAAAAGAUAAAAUAACUAUCUAAACUUUAGAUAAUCGUAUUAUAUUAUAGAAAAUAAUUAAUAACAAUAUUGUUUUUUUGCUUUGUUCUAAUUUUAUAAACUGCUUUGGUAUUGACAAUAUUGCUUUUUCCAAAGUUUUAAAAUCUUUAAAACAAAUAUUUACAUGAUUUCCUAUGAAAUAUAGUGUAUACUAAUGUAAACAUUUGCUAUGAUUAAAAUAUAUUUAUAUAUCACAAAUUUAGUUUGAUAUCAGAAAAUACUAGUCAAGUUUUUUUUCCCUUAAUCUCAUAAAAUGUAUAAUUUACAUAUAUGUAGUUAACUAUAUCAAUUUGAAAAACUAUUGAUUGUGAUCAAUUUAAAAAUUAUUAUUCUAAUUUUUUUUUUCAAACUAUAUUUCAAUUAUUUGCUUUAUUAAAAAAAAAACUUAAUUGUGAUUAUUUAUUUUAAUAUGAACAUUGCAUGCUGUUAUUUCACAUUAUAGCAUAUUAAAUUUAUAUUAUAGUAUACUUUGUAAAUAGAAUUUUUUUUCCAUAGGUAAAAAAUAAAAUACAAUUAGUUCAUUAAAUAUGGUCAUUUUUGAUUAAUUUUGUUUUGAUAUUUAUUUAUAAAUACAUUUAAACAAGUGUUAAGUUUAUUUUAAAAUAAAGUAUAAAGUAUUAUUAUUAUUAUUUUGACAGGUUUAUAUACAACAUUUAAGAGUAAAACAACCAGAAAAACCAAGAAAGUUAAUGUUGGCAUUGAAAAAUAAAGAAUCGCGUAGAUUUACAAAAUGCUUUCAUGGUUGGAGCACACAUAAAAAGACACUAGAAUAAUAUCUACAAUCUAGUAAUGUCAUUAAUAAUUUUAAAAAUGUUUAAGAAAAUAAUUUUUAAUAUUCUUCAGAUACUUUUUAUCUCUUCUAAGUAAUUUAUUUUUAAAAUUAGGUACAAAAAAUAUGUAUUAUUUAUAAAACAAAAUAACACAA